AUGUCCUACUUGCUGCCACAUCUGCCGAGCGGAUGGCACGUCGACCAAGCUAUACUAGCGGAAGAGAACAGAGUCGUCGUCAUCAGGUUCGGCCACGACUAUGAUCCAGAGUGUAUGAAGAUGGACGAGACGCUGUACAGUGUCCAAGAACGAGUGAAGAACUUUGCAGUCAUCUAUCUCGUCGAUAUCACCCAAGUACCCGAUUUUACAAAGAUGUACGAGCUCUACGAUGCCGUCACCGUCAUGACAUUCUAUAGAAACAAGCACAUCAUGAUAGAUUUGGGGACGGGCAACAACAACAAGAUCAAUUGGGCAAUGGAAGACAAGCAAGAGCUCAUCGACAUCAUCGAGACAGUGUACCGUGGCGCAGCAAAAGGUCGCGGUCUCGUCGUCAGUCCAAAGGACUACAGCACACGCUACAAGUACUAG